AUGCACCGCAGCAGAGAAAAAGAAGAGACGAGGAGCAAAAAGACCUUUGAUUCUGACAGGAGGCGCAAAGAGAAAAGCAGAUGUGACAAAACAGAAAAGAUGGGCGAAGUAAAGAAGGGAGACUUCUACAGGAUACUGCAAAGCAACGGAAGAAGCGGAACAGGAAGGAUAGUGGAAGUGGGCGAUAGAGAGAUAAAGCUAAGCGAGUACACAGACUCAGAGCACGCAGUGGCGUACGAGUAUUCGAUAAAGAUAGAGAACAUAAGAAGUAUUGAGCCAAUGGUUGCGUCGAUAAGAAAGGAAAGCAGCAACACAAAGAACAAUGUAGUAAUAGUGACAAUGACCACAGGAACCAUGGGAUACGGCGAGCUAGUUAAAGAGACAAGCGACGAGCUAACAAUGACGAAUUUCGUAUUUUUCUCAGACGGAUCUAUUCCCUACGGGAUAACAGUAAAAAAAGAGCUGGUGAGGGAGUUCCUGCGAUUGAGCGCGCCCCUGAAGGAGGCAGAGGAAGAGUUCAAAACAGACGCAGAGAUAGGAAGAAAGAAAAACGAACAAAAAGGACAAAAAAAAGAGAUGGAGUCGUUCUACCAGAGCACAAAAGAGCCAGAGUACCAGCCAAAGGAAAAACAGGAAAAGUGGAACCAGUUUGCAGAAAAUGAAAAACUUUUUGGGCUGAAGGCAACAUUCGACGAGUCAAUGUACACAACAGUGCUGGACAAAAACUCAAAAGAGUACAAAGAGUACGCGCAGGAAGCAGAGGAUAUCGCCAGAAGAAUAGACAAGCCCGUCUCCUCGAAUGCGCACCUGGAGGAAGAAAGAGGCAGAAUAAGCGAUAGGCCAGAAGACGAGAAAUACAGCACGGCUGCUAUAAGACAAAAACAGAAGAAAACCCAGCAGAGUAAGACAGCAGA